GUGAUCUACUGCACUCAUUAGGAAUUUUUGAUGAAUUAAUUGGCUGCGAUAAGAUUUAGAUAGGAAAGUGGGAAAGCUAUUAAAGCCAAUAAACGGUAAAACCAGUAAACUCCUAGAUUGUUUGGUGGUAUUCAUAUUCUGUUUUAGUAAGCCUUCGCAAAUUCAGUGAAACAGUGCAAACUUGUGUUCCAACCAGUUUUUACAGUUAAUGUGCAACAGGUGAUAAUUUGAAUGAAAUGAAUGCCACGGGAAAUGAAACUUUAGAAAGGAUACAAAAGGAAAUUAAAGAGAACUUGGAAAAAGAGGAAGAAUGGAAACGGGACUUGGAACGAUUAUCCAAUAAUAAUCUGGAAAAUAAUAACUCGCAAAGUAAUAAUAAUAAUGCACCGAAAGUGAAUGGUACGUUAAAAAAACAGGUUUCUGAAACAAAUGGCAAAAGCAGUUUUUCCUCUCAAAAUGUAAGUAAAUUCAUUCAAAAUGUGAAGGCCAAAGGUGUUAUGCACAGGUUCCUUAAAUCUAAAGGAAAACUGACAGCUUCCAAUCCUUCCCUCAAUGGAAAUUCAACAUCAAAUGGUAAUGUUCCCGAUUUCACCUAUUCGCCCCCAAGAGCGACAUCUGAAACUGGCACAUUGAGCCGAAAUGGUUUUAUUCCUGCAGAAGUCAAAAUGAGAAACGAAGUACAAGAAUUUCAAAAACGUGAGAUAGAACUGAGGAAAGAGAGAAGAAGAUCUCAACCAGAAUUGAUGGCUCUUUUGAAACUAGAAGAGGAAAACCAAGAUGAAGGAUACCCUGAAUAUUCAUGUUCAAGUUCUGCAUCAUCAGUUUCUGAAAUGAAAUCUGCCAGGUCCCUAGCAGAUCUGUGCAACACACCAGAGGAGGAAUUAGAUGCUCCAGGCACUUUUAAUCUUAUAAAACAAUUUGAGAAUUUGAAAAAGAACUGAGUCACUAUAUAAUUGAAUUUUUAAGUUUUCAGUUUGAACCUGUAUAUGAAGUGUUCUUUUGUUGUAUAUAGCCAAUACCGUACUUAAGUCAGGGUUGUGCCAAUAAUUUAUUUUAUUUAUUUCCUAAUUCUUAAUUUUAGUUAAAAUUUUAAAUCGGUUUUUGGGGUUUAGAUAUUGAAAAUCAAUUCAACUAUUUUAUUACAAUCGGAACAGUGUUCACUUUUUGUCACCAAUUCAACAAGGAGGUGCUAUUGAAAAUUGUUGAGACUGUAUUAUGGAGACCUGUUUUCUUGAAGAAUUUGAAAAAAGUUGUUUUUAUUGAAAAUUCCACAAUUCAACAUUACAUAAGUACAACUUAAUGGCAGCUGAAUAUUUAUUAUUAAUAUAAUAAAUUUAUUAUUAUAAUAAAAUUGGAGCCUAUUUGUAUAUUUCAAAGAUUUUAUUUUGAUUUUAUAAUUUUACCCAAUUGGAUUUGGAUGAUUUUUUUGUAAUUUUUGAAUUACAUGUAUUUGCACUUGUCUUACAGUUUUGCUAGAUUUUUAGUUCCAGUGCAUUUAUUCAUUCAACUUUUGAAUUGUUCCAAUUUUGACGUUGUUAGUUCAUUUAUUAUCAUAUACAUUCCACUUGCCAAACUUGUUCCUUUACCUAUUGCACUUGUGAUAUUUUGUAUUUUACACUUAGAAAAUUGCCAUUUAUGUGAAAUUCAUCUUUGAGAAGUUUUUAAUAUAUUUUAGAGGAAAUAUUUCUUUCAAUAAAAUAUUUGCUAUACCUUGAAUUUUAUUGCUUGGAUUAUUGAAAAAGUAUAAUCUGAUUGAUUAAUAGCUUUAGAUAUGUUGUGGAAAAUAUAGAAAAGCCUGAUUAUAUUAUCAGAUCAGAGUUAGAAACAAUGGUUUUUUUUUGGAUUCAAGUGUUUGUAGAUCACUGAUAUCGUUAUCAAUUAAUUUAGAUGCUAUGCAUAAUAAGAGGAAGUGAUAAGAACAGGUUGUUGAUAUCUGGUAUUGAAAAGAUGAGGAAAUCUGCAACUCAAUGUUCUGAUGCAAUAUAGGAUUUACUCAACUUCCUUGGAAAAAAAUGACCUUUGCACAAUUCAGUUAAGAAAUCCAAAGUGUCAGCUUUUUAUUUACCUCAUUUCCAUAUUAAAUGAUUUGUAUAACUAUGUUGAUGAAUAAUUUGUUCAUCAAAAUGUCACUCAAGAUCUGAAAAUAUAUUUCAAUAAAAAAUGCUACAUUCACUCUUAGAUUAUUUACAACAAGAUGGAGCAAUCCCUUACUAGAUGAACUGAAUGUUUUGUUCCCAUAAUAAACACUGUUUGUUUACAAACAAAGUGUGUUGUCGUAAAUAGAAGUCAGUGGCGUGGAUCUAAAAAUUUGUUAAGAAUAGAAAUAAAUCCUUCAAAGGUUA